AGCUCUUUAUAGAAGCUAAAAAUGUUACUAUUUAUUUUAGUAUGUUUUUCCAAACAAGAACACAAACGAGAUAAUGUAGGUCAUGGGGGUAUAACACUGGUACUUGGCCUUUUGCAUAUUGCACCCAUUUCUUUGAUCUUGGUUUUACACUGUCUUUAAUAUGUGCUUUUUGCAUUAUAUUUCACUUCCAGCUAAAUUAUUAGUAUAUAUUAUAAGCUUUGGUUUUUUUUCCAGAUGAAGAAACGUUCUCUAUCUGGCAAUGUAGGAAUUGCAUUCUUUGUGCUGGCAUUUGUUUUGGUGUUUGUAGCAUUUUCUACUCCUAGUUGGCUGGUGUCAGACUACCGCAUAACUGGGGCUAAGUUGGAAAGGCUAGGUUUAUGGACACACUGCUUUAGAUCUCUGCCAGACCCUAGCACAGCAUUUACUGAUCAUCAGAGAUUCUUUGUUGGCUGCAGAUGGAUCUAUGACCCUUUCACGACAGGAUACGACCAGAUUCGUGGCUACUUGGUGCCCGAUUUCAUGGUAGCCACUCAAUUUUUCUUCACCCUUUGCUUCAUAGCUGUGCUUCUGAGUUGCAUUUUGACACUCAUCUAUUUCCUGUGCUGUGGACCGGAACAGGAUCACUUCUUGACAUUGAUUGGCCUCAAUGCAUGGAUUCUAUUGGCUGGGGGGCUGUCAGGAGCCAUUGCUGUCAUUGUUUUUGCAUGCUUGAGUAACAAAAAUGGUUGGAUGCCAGGUCAUGACAAUAACUUCUUUGGCUGGUCAUUCAUACUUGCGUGUAUUGGAGUUCUGGCAACUCUGAUAGCGUCAAUUUGCUUCUUUAUAGAAAACCACGUCCAGAAAAGAAAGCAGGAACGUAUGAUGGAAUCACAGAGCAGGCUUGAAAUGGAGCCUGAACCAACAAAGGGUUGGUAGCACUAAUUGUUACCAAGUAAGCCAGUGAAUAGAGGAUAAUAUUUUAUGUAUAAUAAUCGUGUUUGGUAACCUACAUAUAUAGGAAAGCAGGAAAAAUAAGUGGUACUUAUUGCUGAUCUUCCUAACAUGGUAGAGGAAAUACACAGAAGAGAGUAUAAAAAUAUGUUAUAUGUUGGGUAUUUUUAGGAUAACAUCUCUAUUCACUGGCAUAAGCUUACUAUGUACAAAAGUCAGUGUUGCAAGUUAAAUACCUUUUCAAGAGCCUAAAUUAAAAGAAGGUAGCAACUAUACUAAGAAUGAUAGAAAUAAGAGUUAAAUACAUCAGUAUUUGUUGUUGCAAUGCAAUGCAUUUGUUCAUAGUGUAUUUAUCUUAUUUUUAUGCACACGUGUAAAGUCGCUAAAAUCUUUUAUUUUUUGUACAAUGGGUAUUUGUUGUAUCUUGCUUUGUGUACAUAGCAUAAUGGUUGUACAUCACUGCAUAUGUACAUAUACAUAAAAUGUAUGUUUUAUAUAAAAAACAUUCACUAAUUUGCCAAUACAAGAACAUAACUAUAAUUAUUAAUCUGGCUAGGCAGAUUCGCGGGGGUACUGCGGGAGAUGUCCUCCCCAAAAGGUCACUGAAAAAAAAAAACGGAGAAAAUUUUUGUCGCCCUUGGAUAACAAUCGUAUGAGCUUGAUACAAACUCUGUGCUUCGGGUCCGAGAGUUACCACAAAAGUUCUCUCUGGAUAUGCUGCUGAUAAAUCGCGUAACCUUACGCGUUAGGCUCUAAAAGCUAACCAGCUAGGGGACAGCUUACAGGUUCUACAAAAACAAAAGUUAUCCUUGAAACCCGCGUGAGUUGUCCCCUAGCUGAUAAGUUUCUCGGAGAUUACAUGUAGUCUAAUCAUAUUAGCAAAUUUCCCCGAAAUAAUUGUAAACUCUGGUCUUAUUGGUGCAAGUUGUUCAAGGGGGUAUUUAAAACAUAGACACAUAAAAUGUGUACACCAAUUUUUGUGGGAAAACUUUUUAAUCGACAACAAAAAAUGAGAAAACGUGUUUUUUUGGAUUCAAUCGAAAGUGUUGACAGGAACUAAAAAACUUUUCAUAAAAGAUUUUUAGGCAUUUAUGAGACCUACAAAAUGAGACCAUACGUAAAAAGAUCCGACUAAUAGCAAAAAUGCCGAAAAACGAGGCAAAAUGCAGGUUUUGGCGCUUGUUGGUAAUGCGACGAUAAUUUCACGCAACUACUUAAAAUUCUUCAAAUCCGUAGGCUUCAUACUUCUUAAUAACAACAAAAUUGGAAUAUAUUGGUCAAGUAGUUGUUUGAGAAUUUCUAAUUGUUUAUCCCAAAACACCUGUCUUCCGGCCAUCACUACUAGUUUAUUGAGCAAUAUACAGCGUUCGUUCAAAAAGCAUUUAAAAGCAAAAUACACGUGUUUACCUUCCCGAUAUGAAUCACAACCCAUUCCGAAAGAUAAAUGUUAUUUUUAUGCGAAAAACAUGGGUUACGUUUUUUUUUCUAAACAAAUUCAAACAUUUCGUAUUUGUGAGUACUUGAACAAAAGCGCUAAGAUAUUCGAAAAACAUACGUUACUAUAAACAUUUUGAAACAAAGCGGAUGUGUCUAUCAUCUUUUGUUGCGAUAUACUCACAAAUACGAGAUAUUUGAAUUUGUUUAGAAGAAAAAACGUAACCCAUCCUUUUUUGCACAAAAUUACCUUUAUCUUCCGAAACGGUUUGCGAUUCAUAUUGGCAAGGUAAACUAGUGUAUUUUGCUAUCAAAUGCCCUUUGAAAUAACCCUGUAUAUUGCUCAAUAAACUAGUAGUGAUGACCGGAAAACAGGUGUUUUGGGUUAAAGAAUUAGAAAUUCUCAAAAACUACUUCACCAAUCUACUCCAAUUUUGUUGUGGUUAUUUAGAAGUAUGAAUCCUACGAAUUUGAAGAAUUUCAAAUAUCUUCCGGAAACCAAAGUCGCAUUACCAAAAAGUGCCCAAACUUGCAGUUUGUCUCGGUUUUCGGCCAUAUCUUUUUUGCUGGAACUUUAUACGUGUGAUCUUAUGUUCUAGGUCUCAUAAAUACCUAAAAAUCUUAUAUGAAGAGUUCCUGCCAACAGUUUCGAUCGAAUCCCAAAAAAUACGUUUGCUCUCUGUUAUCGAAUAAAAAGUUUUCCCACAAAAAUUGGUGUGUCCAUUUUAUGCGUCCGUGUUUUGAAUACCCCCUUGAACAACUUGCGGCAAUUAUUACUUUACAAUUAUUUCGCAAACCAGAGUUAUUUUCGUCUAAUAUGAUUAGACUAAUGAUUUAGCUUAGUAUCAAAAGCUAAAUGUCAGUUUGACAUUGAAUUUUUUCCUAUCCUCAACACCCUGAGAACCCCGUCUCAAGUUAAAAAAUUUGGAUUACGCUAAAUAGCACCUUAUUGACUUUAAGUUUCAUUUAUUCUAAGGAAACGAUUUCCGUCCACUCUGUAUUAGAAUUGAGCUUAUAUCGACAUAAUCUCGUAUUGUAAUGUGUUUAUAUGAUUAAUGUGUUUUUUAGUAUUGUUAGUAAUGGAACAACGUUCAGUUUCAUAUCCGUCCAAACACUAAAAUUACUUUAUAUCCAUUUAUAAAGCGGUACUAUUAGUGUUUAUAGGAAUUUACAUCUAAUGUAAAAACUAGUUCAUGUAUUAUUACUUUUACCUGCAUUUCUUACUUUACUUCAUCAUAUACACUUUUUUAAUACAGACUGUUUAUAUUCCAUACAGUAUUUUGAUACUUUUGGAAUUCUGUGUUGUAAUUAUAUGAUCAAUUUUUAUUAUUUUUCAGCAUCUAUUUGUAUGUAUAUGUUAAGUGAAAAUUGACAAUGAUAACGUGAUCUUAUUUGUUGAAUCUUGAAGUUUAC